AUGCUGUCCAAGCAGUUUCUCUCUUGGCCCAAACGCCAGGCUGGCCCUGAGCCACCUAAUCGAGAGACCCCUACGUUCAGAGCCGAGAAACGGCGCCCGUCGAGACUUGCAAUCGUCCAGGCAGACGACAACUACGAGCCGAGUCCAACCGCCUCGCACUACGAUGUCGCUCUCGCUAGUGCAGUCAAUAACCUCCAGACCGCCAUCAACGACAUACAGCGCUCGCCGGCGUCGGCCGUUACUACUUUUUCAAGAGCUAGUUCCUUUAUCAAUAAACACAAACCCCUUCCUUACCGGCCCAGAUCCGCCUCCAUCUUCUUGGCUACAGAAUUACCCGCUGAGGUGCCUGACUUUAUCGUGUCGGAAAGUCAAUCUCAGUCACUAUGUCCGACUCCCGCGUCCGCGAGGUCGUCAGUCCGCAUCUCUCGGCAUGGGAGCCAUAUUCGCAAAAAGGCUCUCGACUAUGGCAAAACCCCUCCACCCGUCAGCAACUCGGUCAUGACGACAUUGGCUCACGCCCGCAGCGUUCCAGAAUUGAGGUUGCAACACAGCGGAGUGAGGACAUAUCCCCCCAACGACACCCCUGCUCCCCCUCACUCCCAUCUACCAGGUGCGCAGCAAAACAGUUCAUCUGCCGAACACGGCUUUUGGACACACCCAAGGGUGGACUUGGCGGAAUCAUUUCCCUACGUUGCUGGAAACGACUCCAGUAAUAAAGAUAACAGAUCUGAAGCUGGCCAAGUGCGGCUUGAUGCCGCAAAGGAUCACUACCUAGCUCCACGGCCGAUUGAGAGGAUGCCUUCCGGUCGAAAGGCAGAAAGGCGCCUGGAUGCCUCAGAAGUGCCGUCGUCUAGAUACAGCCUGUUUACGCCACCCGACAACCCUACCUACGAAUUGGAGUCACCAGGUCACCACCAAACCAGGCCACCACUGCAAGCCAAGGUUGCUAGUCUUAGGGUAGCACCUGAAGCGCGCGCUAACACCCUUGUACGUUCAAAUUCCUUGGGAGUAGCUUCCCUCAGGAAUCAAGUACGACUCUUCAGAAAACAAUUUGCAUCGACGAAUCCGCAAGACACGUCAAGCUGUGACUAUCGGUCUGGAGGGAGUGAGACCGAAUUGUCGCGUACGGCAACCUGCGAGGGUGAGAAAAAGACUUCAAGAAGCCCUGCGCCUGCCGACUUGACGCCUUUUCGAGUUGAGUUGACCGACCGGCAACCUUCAUUCGAGUAUUCGCAAACCAACCCCGAGAUGGAUAACUUGAAACGCAAGCUUUGUACCGCUCGAAAGCAAGAAACAGCAGCUCCGAAUCUGCUGCAAGAGCUCAACUUAUACAUACAGAACAAUGCUGCCCUCCAGAAGCAGAUUGAGUCGCUCAUGGCCAAGCUAAAUGAAUCAAAAAAGAAUGAGCGAGAUCUGAGAAAUACGCUCGGAAUGACGGAGAUGAAAAGCGCCGAAUGGGAGGACAAGGCCAGGCAUACCGACAAGCUUGCAGAGAGCGUCCACGGCCUGCAGAAUACGAUUGCUAAUCUGGAAAACCGCCUGGAAGUCGCUAAUGCUAAGCGCUUGGAUGCCGAGGAACAGCUCUCAAACUUGAGGGACCAGAAGUCGCCGUUUGACCUCACUGUACCCAAGCUCCAACUACCAUUGGAUCUGACACUGUCAGCCUUCGAUUCCAAGGUCAGCACUAGCGCUGUCAUUUCGAGUACGCCCGAUGGCACACAAACAGACUCGACGCUAGCUGCAUUAGCUAUGCAAAUUGAGCAACUCGAGUCCCAAGCUAGGGACAAGGAUGCAUACAUCGCUGAGUUGGAGAAAAACAAUGAUCUGCUGCAACAUAAAUACGAGCUGCUCGAACAGGAGCACCAAAAAGCCGCAGCCCAAUCGGACCUUCAAUACGAGCUUUUGCAAGAUUCACGCGGCAGAGACAGGCUCAUUGAACAACUCCGGAAUGCAGUUAUUGACCGCGAAUCAACAAUCAUGCAGAAUGAGGAGACCAUCCAAUCAUUAAGGAAGCAGCUAGAGUACCAUAAGCUCCUGCUGCAGGCCGAGAUCCGACGGCAUGCGGUAAUUGAGCUCUACGCUGAUGAGGGAGAGGACCCCCUUCCAGAACUUACUGCCCUCACCAAGAAAGAGGACAUUGACUCUUGGAUGAACAAGCUUCAUGAGCGCCUGAAAAAUGAACAAUCCGAGAGCGAGGUCAAACCUGCUGUCGACCCACACGAAGCCCAGAUCCAAAAUCUCCGCCAAGAGAUUGAUUUCUACGUCCGCGAAAUCAUACUGUUCAAGCUCGAUAUCAAGGGGUACAGAAGCGAUAUUCGCAAACUGAAGAGGAUGACUACACAGUUACGCAGCUCGGAAGUACCAAGUGAUGUCUCUCACUUGAGAACACUGGCUACACCAUCGACACCCGAAGUUGAUGAAGAGGCCCCCAGCCAUGCUGAUGCAACCCCCUCUGGUCGAGAAGUAGAAAAGCCACUUGGGCUACAGAUUCCUAAGAUUUCGCUGAAUUCGCCACACAACACCUCGUAUGAGCCUGAGGCUGGUCGUAUCGACUCUGCUGUCUCAACCGCUCCCAACACGCCUCCGGUUUCAGAAACUCCAAAACUUUCGCGCGUCUCGAGUGUCACUGGAAAGCGUCGCGACUUCGUCAAGGACUUUCCACCGCGACCUUUGCAUACUAUACAGGAGGUUCUACAAUACCAUAAGCGUGGCAUGAGUGAAACCAUACUCGAGGUUUAUCAACACCCUGUCGCAACUGAUGAAGCUACAACAUUAGAAGAUGACACAACAAUGGCCAAGUGGAAAGCCAUGGGUCACAAGGGACGAUCGGCAUCUACAUCAGAUGCGCCCCGGUGGCCUCCACGUUCACAAAACAGCGUGCCUCACCUUCCAGCAAGGUCUCAUUCCGUAAGCGAUGCAGUAUCAACACCGCUAUCCGACAAUGACACUCGUGGGAGCGCAACGGAGUCUUCUGAAUCCUCGUUGCGUGACUCGGUCGCCUCUCAUGCAUCGUCUGUCGUGUCAACUGCAAGCGAUUACUUUGCGCAGUCUGAGUUUUCAUCCGAUUACAAGCCUAACAAAGUUUCGGCACCACGUAUAUCUUUUGACGUAGCCUUGGGGCCGCUACAAAUACCAGGCCUUGUUGGGCCGGCUCCUGUGGUGCUGUCAACAGGCUGCUCAAUUACCCGCAACAUGCCGCUAAGCACGGCACCACAACCGACUUCUCAGAUGGGUAUCGGUGGAACCAUGGCCUCAUCCACACCUGUGACGUCACCAGUCUCGAAAGACAAAGUACCGGAAGACGUCUUUCCUCCAAAACGCGACUCAAACCAGAGGACCCCAUCGAUAUCCCAGGCUGGGACUUCACAGACCUCUGUUGUGUCUGGCCAGGAGGAAACAGAAUCCACUGGCCGGCUUAGUGCGACACCUCGCCCUGAGAUUACGGCCUCUGAUAGCGCCUAG